UAUUAGAAUGUAUGUAAUGUUGUGUAUAUGCUAUAAAGAAAGGACAAGCGUGACACCCACUCUGCUAAAAUCUCUCCCUUUAUCAUCUCUCUCUCUGUUUUUUGAGAACUGCUGCGUCCUUCUCUCUUCCUUUCCCUCCUCAGUCAGUCUCAGUCUCAGUCUCCAUUCAGAUUCAGAGAGAGAAACAAAGUCUUGUAGAGAGAGAAGCAAAAAGGGUAAUAUAUAGCUGGAAUGGGUUUUGCUGCUUUACUUUUUGCUUCUUUUCUGGUAUAAUGAACACACAAGAAAGCAGCGCCUCUUCUUCUUCUUCUUCUUCUUCUUAUCAGUAGAGAGCAAUAGGAAUAGAAAUAGGAUGGCUGUCCACCAGAACUCAAACAAAUCCUUGUUUGAUGAUGUUCUUUAUUGUGAGGAAGAGAAAUGGGGAGAUGUUGAGGACGAAGAAGAAGAGAGUGGAGGAGCAGUCACCUUCAACCACCACGACAGGAAUCCAUCUCUUUCCCCUCUGCUGUUGUUGGAGCAAGAUUUGUUCUGGGACGAUGAAGAGCUUCACUCCCUCUUCUGCAAGGAGAAACAAACUUCUUGUCUCAAAACAAACAACGUCAAAGAAACGAGCUUUAGCUUUGCUCUCUCUCUAUCCCGGAAAGAAGCUGUGGAGUGGAUUCUGAAAAUCAAUGCCCAUUACGGGUUUUCAGCUCUAACUGCGAUUCUUGCAGUCAACUACCUCGACAGGUUUCUGUCCAGCCUGAGUUUCCAGAAAGAUAAGCCAUGGAUGAUGCAGCUUGCUGCUGUUACUUGUCUCUCUCUAGCUGCUAAAGUGGAAGAAACCCAUGUUCCUCUUCUCUUGGAUCUUCAAGUGGAGGGUACAAAGUAUGUGUUUGAGGCGAAAACCAUACAAAGAAUGGAGGUUUUGGUGCUUUCAGCGCUGAAAUGGAGGAUGAAUCCAGUGACCCCUCUUUCCUUUCUUGAUCACAUAAUAAGAAGGCUUGGACUCAAGAGCUACGUCCAUUGGGAGUUUCUCAGGAACUGUGAAAAUCUCCUCCUCUCAGUCAUCUCCGAUUCAAGAUUCACACUUUAUCUGCCGUCUGUCAUGGCCACUGCCACAAUGCUUCACGUUAUUCAUCAAGUUGAGCCUACCAAUGCCAUUCACUACGAAAACCAGCUUCUUGCUGUACUCAAAAUCAGCAAGGGAGAAGUGGAUGAUUGCUACGAGGUUAUUUCAGAUAUACUGUCAAACAGCAACCCUCUAAAGCGCAAAAUUUGGCAAGUCGAAAGCAGCAGCGCAGAUGGUAUUAUUAACAAGUUUUACAGCUGUGAUAGCUCAAACGAGUCAUCAUGGGGAGUGGGAUCAUGCGUUUGUUCUUCACCCCACCAGACCAUUUUCAAGAAAAGAAGGGUUCAAGAACAGCAGAUGAGACUGCCAUCACUGAGCAGAGUCUUCGUGGACGCUGUAACUGGGAGCAGCCCUCAUUAGAAACAACACUUGUGCUCUCUCACUCACUCUCUCUCUCUAUGUUCAACUGUAUUGUACUAUAAUUAAUUACUUGGCAUCUACAUUCAUCAACAGCUCUGCCAAUAGUGCAAAGAAGGGAAGAAAAAAACAAAGAGAGUUGGUAGUGGCAGAAAGAAAAGAGCUGGCAACUUACAGAGAAGAAGAGAGAAGAGGAAAGAGUAAAAGAGACAGAAGCAAUUCAAGAAUAUCUGCACUCUUGUUUUUCUCUUACCUCCUUCUUACUUAAGUUUAAGACAUAUAUUUCUCUCUCUCGUCUCUUUCGAGGAUACUAUAUAUACUGCUGCUGCUACUCCAUAUGGACAUAUCUAUAAUUUCAUGAAUUGAAGCACAUUUUGAUGUUAAA